AUGGAAAGUGAAGAUCUAACGAAGCCAGGCAUGGAUUCCCAGGGCUCUGAUGAGCUCGGGCAAUCGGCAACAUUCAAAUUAGAGGCAAAUAAGUCAACAAUCAACAUUCCAAUACCACAAACUUUAAAUCCAAAUUCUCCAACAACAUUUAAAUUGAAGCCUUCAGUAAAAGGAGUGGAGAAUGCAAAGAAGAGAUUGAGAGCAUUCUCUAUUCAAAAGAAGACACCUAUCACAGCAUUAUCUGUAAACAAAUCUGUAACUGGAAAUAAAACAUCAGGCAGCGGCAGUACUGUAUUCAUUGGAAAGCUUAGUGGAGUGAAAGUCACUCCCAAAAGUGAAGAUGCAGAACAAAAGAAGUUACCAAAACCGCCAAAACCUGGUCACAGCAAGAAGUAUUUACAAGAUUCUUACACAGAUCUUCAAAAGCGCACUCUAUCAGAAAUUGAAGAUAUGAAACGUAAGAUGGAACUAGUCGACCUUGGUAUACCUUUAGGUCUCAUCUGUCCUACUGCUCAGAAUGAAAAGGCUAUGCCCACUAAAGCUAUGCCACCUAUCAAGUCAUUUUUGGAUCCAGCCAAGCUAGAUGCAAUUAUCAGCGAAGCUAAAAAGGCCAAGGCUCAAGGUAAAGAAUUCAAAUUUGACUACCAAAAGCUAUUGCCUGAUUAUGAUAAUCCAUUCCAACGCAAAAAAGAAGAAGUAGAUGCUAUAAGAAAGCAAGAAUAUGAUAGAGAAUCGUAUAAAAAGCAUGAUAAAGAAAGGCGAAAGAGCGACAAGUAUGACAGAGAUUCCAGACAGCAUUAUUCCCAUAGAAAAGAUGAACGGGACAGGCGCAGAGAUGAAAAAGACACCUUUAGAGAGAAAUCUAGAGAGAAAGAAACUAAAAAGGAGGCCAAAAAAGAAACGAAGAAGCCUGUUGAAAAAGAAACCGAUGUUAAUUUAAAUGAUUAUCUUGUUUGUGACAGUUGGUCAUUAGAAAAUGAAGAUAAGACCAACAGUUCAAGUCCUAAGCACCAGGAGACACCACAAUCGGAAGAAAACAAAACAAAAGUCGUUAAAGAAAUUGCCACGGAACCUGAAGAAGUAAACUCUAAACUAAACGUAACUGUAAGCGAGAAAAAGGUACCAAAUGACAGCCCUAAAACUACACCCGUCAGAAAAAUAAAAAGACUUCAGCCCGUGAUAGAUUCUUUCAAAUUUGAAAUUGACCCUGACGAAGAUGAAGUUCUUGAUAUAUUUGACGAGAAUUCAGAAUUAGAAAAGUAUACAAAAGUAAAACAAAAGAAAGAUGAAUACGAUUCUCCUUUUGGUAAAAUAUUUGACCUCGAUCAAUCAAGCAAAGAUGCCUCAAAUGAUGCUUUAACUGACGACACGUUCUUAGAAUCAGUUAUAAACGAGAUUAAACAAGACGUGAUGUGUGACGAAGCGAACGACGAUGCCAGUCAGGAUAAAGGUUUAGUUGAAUAUGACUCCCCGACAAGAGAUUGCCCGACUCCUAAAGAUGCACGAUCUGUGACUCCUGAAUUAGAUGAUAGGAUGCGUGAAGUCCAAUCAAGUAGGAGCGACUAUUCUGAUGGAUAUAGGUCGACAGAAAGUGGAUAUAAGUCUACAGAGAGUGGAUAUAAAUCGAAUAAUUCUUACAAGUCGGAUAGUAAUAGUGAUAACUAUAGAAUGUCAAUGGAGAAAGAAUUGGUUAAAAUGCCUAAGGCGACAGUCGACUCGUUGGAGAUCUGGAGUUUUGUACUUAAGAUCUGUCAGCCCUUGCUCUUUAGGCAUGAUAGAAAUAAGUGUUAUAGAGAGACACACAGUCUUCCCAAGAUAUGGUACACAGUGAAUCCCAAGCUGUGCUCCUGUGUGAAAGACCGCGCCAUUGUUUAUGAGGAGCUGGAGACGUGCAAGAUGGGCCUCGUCGACAGGGUGUAUGGCUGUGACCAGAUUCAAGAGUCAGAAUUCCCCAAAGCCCGCGGCUGGUAUCCUCGAUUUGCCCAAUGCUUGUUAGAGUCUACCACUUUGACGACGGUAGCGCCCUCUAUCGAGUGGGAAGCUGAUGAUAGCCAAACUGAGACGCCCCUUGUAAAGGAAAAAUCGUAUAAGACGAACAGGUCCACAACACCAGUCAGGAGCGAAGAGAUUUAUCUCGACAGAGAAUAUCAGAGAUUUAUGGAAGCGGUAUGGCCCGAAGUGGCGGAGACUAGGGUAGGAACUCCUCGCAGCACCACACCCGUCAAACAAGAUGCUCGUAAGAAGAAAGCUGAAGAUACGAAGGAUGAUGACAAGAAGAAGGCAAAGAAGAUUAAGCUGUGCAGCGAGGGAUGGAGUCAGGAGUCAGACGUUGAAGAAGAUAUUGAGAAGACUAAGAAGACGAAUAAGAUCCAGAAGAUGGAUAAAGUGAAGGUGCGCAAGCGCAAACGCUCGUCGUCUUUAUCUGACAGCGACAGUAACAGUAAUAAGAAACGAAAGGCGAGUAAGAAGGCGACUAAAAAGACAAAGUCGAAAUUGACGAAGCAUCGUCGUUUAAGCAAGAAAUAUUUGAAGAAGUUAAAAGAUAAACAAAAGAAAAAGAAAAGAUUUAAUUCAGACGACGAAGAUAUGGAUAAAGAGAAUAGAAAAAGAGAAAAGAAACUCAAAAAGAAGAAACUACAAAAGAAAAAGAAAACUCAAAAAAAGAAAAAGUCUAAAGCUAGUUCUUCCAGCAGUUCAUCGUCAACAUCGUCGUCUUCUUCUUCUGAGACUAGUUCGGACUCAGAAUCUGACACUGAAAUAAGAAAAAAGAAGAAGAAAUCUGAUGUAAAAAAGAAGAAACGAAAACAGUCAUCCUCUGAGUCAACACAUAGCGAAGAUCUAUUUGAUGUCAAUGUUUUGAAUAACAUCAAAACAGAAAGGUUAACUGAUGAUGAAAAGAAGCUAGAAUUUUCAAACAGAAAACAGAAGCCUAGAGAAAUUAUUAACGUUAAAGAGCUUCAGAAUGAUUUUGUGGGUAGUGUACAAAUAAAGAAAGAAGUAGAAGCAAUUGCUGAGAAACAAAAGAUACAAGAGCUUGAACUAGUGACACAGAGAGAGGAAGAGUUUGUUACUGACACUCACUCACAUAUCACAGAAAAUAAUUCUGAAAGUAUAUCUCUUAGUCUAGCAGAUAGAGUUUGUCCAAGUGUAACUAAAACUGUUAGCCAAAGUAUAGCUGAAACUGUUCCUCAAAAUGAAAACAAACCUUUUUGUCAAAGUGUAACCGAAAGUGUUUGCCAAAGUACAGCAGAAAAUGAGCCUCAAAAUGUAAACAAAACUCUUUGUCAAAGUGUCAAAGACAUUGUUUGUGAAGAAGCAAGGGACAGUGCUUCUCAAAGUUUAAACGAAAGUGUAAUAGAUAGGGACCCUAAAACAGUAUCUGAAAGUAUAUCUCAAAAAGUUCCUGAAAUUGUUCCCACUGUUGUAUCAGCAACGAUUCUUGAAAAUAUUCCAGUACCUAAAGAGGAACAAAUUACGCAAUUUAAGGAACCUCUAGACAUAAACCGGUUAACACCUUCAGACAGGCCUGAUGUUACACAACCAGAAGAGCUCUCACAGUGUUCUUCUCAAGAAUCCACCGCCAGCAAAGAUCCUUAUGAAAAAGACGACAGCCACCUUCGACCGUCGUCUCAGAAUUCUAACUACAGUUUCAAUGACGUCAUCAACGCAAGCCAUAAUUAUCAAAAAGAAGAAGAAGAUAAAUUUGAGCAGGAUAACUAUGAGGAUGGGAACUAUGAAAUGUACGAACAAUUGGCCAUGGCGUAUCAGAGCGAUGUCGCUAAGCAGGGUAACUUUCAGUCCCCGGUGGAGGGACAGCCCCAAGGCCAGUGGUGGGGCUCGCAGCGCAUCGAGACGGUGGUGCGCGUGCGCGCGCGCGGGGAGAUCAAGUGCGACUGGCGCGCCGGCUGCCCCCCGCCCUCCACCGCCGCGCUCGCCCCGCACCGGCCCUCGCGCUGGGGUUUAAAGCCGGGCGAGGUGAAUAUAGUGUUAACGGGCGGUAACAACGAAGUGUAUCCGAUACACAAUGUCGUGGAGCCAGUGUACCAGAUACAAACCCUCGCCAACAAUAGAGUGGACAACAGUAGUACGGGAAGUUAUGACGAAGCUUACGAAGAUAUGUACGGUGCAUCAGAUCGGCUGCAGUACGGCGACUGCUUCGCCACAGACGUUCCUCAGAUUGACAUAUCACCAACCUUAAGCGAAUCCAAGAAACCUCUCACCACUACUAGCUCACUAGAUGAAAGGAUCGACAGGGCCUUAAGGACCACAGUGCUCGGUGAAGUGGCCAAAGACACCGAAGAGCCGGAUGCCGACAAGGAAGCUCCAGAAAAGGGGAUACUACUCACUAAGGCAAGUCGUGGUGUCAAGCGAGUGAGUUUCGCAGACGGAUACAAACCGGGACAAGAUUCUGAUGUAGAGGAACCGCCAAAGAGGAAAAAGAAACCUCGUCGCUUCGGAUGCGCCUGGCCGUGUCCAGCCUCUCACCCGGACCACGUGCCUCUCUGGGACGCUUUACCACCUCCACCACCUCCCCCCGGCUCACCGCCACCCUUCUUCACUCAACAAGCGCCCAAUAUGCUGCCGCAACAAAUGAUCAUGCAACAACCACCUCCGAUGAUGCAGCAGCAAUCGUCACAAAUGUUGCAGCAACAACCACCACAGAUGUUGCAGCAACAGCAAUCACAGAUGUUGCAGCAACCGCCACCGCAAAUGUUGCAGCAACAACCACCACAGCUUUUGCCGCAACAAACGCCACAGCUUUUACAGCAACAACCUCCACAAAUGUUACAACAACAGCCUCCACGAAUGAUGCAGCAACAACCACCGCAUAUGAUGCAGCCUCAGCCGCCUCAAAUGAUUCAGCAGCAGUUAAUGCAACAGCAGCAACUAUUGCAACAGCAAGGAAUAAAUCCAGCGAUGUUGCAAGCACCGCCCUUUGCGAUGGGCCAGAAAAUAGAUCCUAAUGUGUCGCUACCUAACUUCAUGCCGCCCGAGCCGCCCCCCGGCCUCAUAUCUUUCUAA